GUGUCGUUCCAGUCGCGGAGGCCAAGACUGUGUGCGUUGGAUCCGAGAUGUUCUACAAAAUGUGUGAAUCUAACGAGCUGGACAUGACGUUCCACCUGUUCAUCUGCGCCCUCGCUGGAGCAGGAGCUGCAGUGAUUGCAAUGAUCCACUACUUGAUGGUGCUGUCUGCCAACUGGGCCUACGUGAAGGACGCCUGCCGAAUGCAGAAGUACGAGGACAUCAAGUCGAAGGAGGAGCAGGAGCUUCACGACAUCCACUCCACUCGCUCCAAGGAGCGUCUCAACGCCUACACAUAAAGAGCGCCGCGAGGCCUGGCCCUGCCUCUCCGGCCUCUCUCUCCAUCUCUCCUCUUUCUUUCUAUCUGUUCCUCCCUACCAGCCCCUUUCCUGGGGAGGCGGACGGCGCCUGGGGCCCUCGCCACUGCUGAUAUACCUGGUGCGUCACGUGACAAUGUGGUCUAAGGGGUGCGUCACACAACUCCUCAGUCACAAGCAGCAUUUCAAAAGAAGAAGCCCCUUUACCUCCUCAUGGAUGCCCCCCAGCUCUCAUCACAGCAGGUCUUAUAGUUCUUUAGUGCUGUUUUAGUGGCGUUUGCAGAAUUACAGGUAGCGGUAAUAUUUCAGCUUUUUAUUUUUAUUAGUGUAGAACUUUUGCUCAUUCAUGUUUUUUUUUUCCUUUAGCUGAUUUGUGAGGGGGUCAAAAGGGGCUU